AUGGCUGCGUCCAUAGCGAAGACAACCUUGGCAAAUAUCAAGAACCUGUGGUCAUGUAACCAACUGUCAAGACCAGCUAUUGCCUUGCUUGAUAAUAGUCCAGUGACCUUUCUUCAAGUCCGAUACAGAAAUAAAAAGCAGCAUGUUAAAGAUGCCAAGGUUGAAGCAGAUAAAAAUGAACGGUUCAUACCAAAAAAGCUGAAGAAGGCUUCUGCGGCUGUACUGACAGAAACUGUUCAGAAGGAAGUAAAAAUCUUGGCACAGAAUCCAGUUGACAAUGUUUGGAUUCGGAACCAUUAUCCACCACAAAAAUAUUCAUUUGAGAAUGCUAUAGAAAAGCAUAAGGCAUUUGCACAGCCUGAGAUGCUAAACAAUUUGCAAGGAUUGGUGUUUUUGGAUAUGAGACUUGACUUUUCAAUGAGCAAGAAAACAAAAUUUAUGAGCAACAUAAGGUCAACCCUGAGACUGCCUCAUGAAUUCCCAUACGGCUCGCCACCCAACAUUCUUGUUUUAACCAAAAAUGAAGACAAUGUCACAUUGGCUUCAUCACUUGGUGCCAAGCAUGUUGGUGCCCCAGAUAAAGUGAUGAAAUUGAUUCAGACAGGUGUUGUCAACCCAAAGGAUUUUGAACAUGUUUUAUGUACAGCUGAAUGUGCUUCUGAAAUCCUUCCAUUGCGUUCACUUUUUAGAGACAGAUUCCCCCAGAAAGCUAAAGGGAGUCUGGGACCAGAUCUAAAGGUCAUGUGGGACUUAUACUACAAUGGUUAUACUUAUGAGUCUCAGAAAAUCAGUGAUGCAGUGGGUCGUUUACAGGUUCCGGUGGGACUGUUGGAGCAGCCCACAGAGGAGUUGAAGGAGAACUUCACAGCUUAUGUCAAUGAUAUUUGUCAACACAGGAGUGUGGCUCUGG